GUAACCUUGUUUACUAAUGUUAUGUCAUUGUAAUCUUACCAAAACCCUAUAUUGUUUACAAUUCCCAUGCUUAACUUGUAGCUAAAGUUGACUAAUUGCAAACUGUGCAUCUCGACGACCUCCCAACUCAACAACAAUACCAUCUUCCACAUGAAUUUGAUUAUUAAAUGGAACAAAAAAACACCCCAUUAAACCAAACUAAAUUCUAGUAUUCCUCAAAAAAACACCUAACAAUUUGUUAUCCAUUUAUGGCUUUUCUAAUUCACAACACAAACCACUUCUUCAUAAUUACGUUCAUCAUAUUUAGCACCUUUUAUUCAUGUUAUAGUUCUACCAACGACACCAUUACAUCAUCUAAAUCACUCAAAGACAACGAAACAAUAACCUCAAACAACACAAAUUUCAAGCUAGGAUUUUUCAGCCCAUUAAAUUCAACCAACCGUUACCUAGGAAUUUGGUACAUCAAUGAGACCAACAAUAUAUGGAUUGCAAACAGAGAUCAACCACUCAAGGAUUCAAAUGGAAUAGUCACAAUUCACAAAAAUGGAAAUCUUGUAAUAUUGAACAAAGAAAAUGGUAGCAUCAUUUGGUCAACAAGCAUUUCAAGUCCAAAUUCAAUAAAUUCCACAGCUCAACUUGUUGAUGUAGGAAACUUGAUUCUAAGUGACAUCAAUUCUAGAUCAACAAUUUGGGAUAGUUUCACUCACCCUGCGGAUGCCGCUGUUCCAACGAUGAGAAUUGCAUCUAAUAAAGCAACGGGGAAGAAUAUAUCUUUUGUAUCAAGAAAAAGUGAAAAUGAUCCUUCUUCAGGACAUUAUAUAGGAAGUCUUGAAAGAUUGGAUGCACCAGAAGUUUUUAUUUGGUAUGAUAAGAGAAUUCAUUGGAGAACUGGUCCAUGGAAUGGAACGGUUUUUCUCGGAUCACCGAGAAUGUUAACCGAGUAUUUAGCCGGUUGGCGUUUUGAUCAAGACAAAGAUGGAACUACUUAUCUAACUUAUGAUUUCGCCGUCAAAGCUAUGUUUGGAAUUCUCUCAUUGACACCAAAUGGAACACUUAAGUUGGUUGAGUUUUUGAAUAAUAAGGAAUUUCUAUCACUUACGGUUAGUCAAAACGAGUGUGAUUUUUAUGGAAAAUGUGGGCCAUUUGGAAAUUGUGAUAUUUCUAGUGUACCAAAUAUUUGUAGUUGUUUUAAAGGGUUUGAGCCAAAGAAUUUGGUGGAGUGGAGUUCAAGGAAUUGGACUAAUGGUUGUGUGAGGAAAGAAGGAAUGAACUUGAAGUGUGAGAUGGUGAAGAAUGGAUCAAGCGUAGUUAAACAAGAUAAAUUUUUGGUGCAUCCCAAUACGAAACCUCCUGAUUUUGCUGAGAGAUCAGAUGUUAGUCGAGAUAAGUGUAGAACAGAUUGUUUGGCAAAUUGUUCUUGUUUGGCUUAUGCAUAUGAUCCUUUUAUACGUUGUAUGUAUUGGAGUAGUGAGUUAAUUGAUUUGCAGAAAUUUCCUACUAGCGGAGUUGAUCUCUUCAUUCGUGUUCCAGCAGAACUAGUUGAAAAGGAAAAAGGGAACAAGAGUUUUUUAAUCAUUGCAAUUGCCGGGGGUUUAGGAGCAUUUAUCUUGGUUAUAUGUGCUUAUCUUUUGUGGAGGAAAUGGUCUGCUAGGCAUACAGGAAGACAACCUCGAAACUUGAUUACCAAAGAACAAAAGGAAAUGAAAUUGGAUGAGCUACCACUAUAUGAUUUUGUAAAGCUCGAAAAUGCUACAAACAGUUUUCACAAUAGUAAUAUGCUUGGGAAGGGAGGUUUUGGCCCUGUAUACAAGGGAAUACUGGAAGAUGGCCAAGAAGUUGCUGUAAAAAGACUCUCAAAAUCAUCUGGACAAGGAAUAGAAGAAUUUAUGAAUGAAGUAGCAGUGAUUUCUAAACUUCAACAUCGCAAUCUUGUAAGACUUCUUGGUUGCUGUGUUGAAAGAGGAGAGCAAAUGUUGGUUUAUGAGUUCAUGCCAAAUAAGAGUCUGGAUGCCUUUCUCUUUGAUCCAUUGCAAAAGAAAAAUUUAGAUUGGAGAAAGCGGUUAAACAUAAUUGAAGGCAUAGCUCGAGGUAUACUUUAUCUUCAUAGAGACUCGAGGCUAAGGAUUAUACAUCGGGAUUUAAAAGCAAGCAACAUCUUACUUGAUGGGGAGAUGGUUCCAAAAAUAUCAGACUUUGGUUUAGCUAGAAUUGUUAAAGGAGGAGAAGAUGAUGAAACAAACACAAAUAGGGUUGUUGGAACUUAUGGUUAUAUGCCGCCUGAAUAUGCAAUGGAAGGACUUUUUUCUGAGAAAUCAGAUGUUUAUAGCUUUGGAGUUUUAUUGUUAGAGAUUGUUAGCGGCCGAAGAAACAGUAGCUUUUACCACAACGAAGAUUCUCUUAGCCUUGUUGGCUUUGCAUGGAAGCUAUGGUUAGAAGAAAACAUUAUAUCUCUAAUAGAUCGAGAGGUUUGGGAUGCAUCUUUUGAGAGCAGCAUGUUGAGGUGCAUACACAUAGGACUUCUCUGUGUGCAAGAACUUCCAAGAGACAGACCAAAUAUAUCAACAGUUGUUUUGAUGCUCAUAAGUGAGAUUACACAUCUUCCUCCUCCAGGAAAAGUUGCAUUUGUCCACAAGAAAAAUUCCAAGAGUGGAGAAUCUUCUCAAAAAAGUCAACAAUCUAACUCAAACAACAGUGUAACUCUGAGUGAAGUCCAAGGCAGGUAAUAAAAAGACUAGGUAAAAUCUAGAGUGGACUUGGAGAGGACGACUACAUGAGUUAGUUGAACGAGACGGAACUACAUUGUUACGUCGCAAAAAUUGUAUAUUUGUAAGGAUUUUAACGCUCAAAUAAGUGGUUUUAGACGAGUCCAGAGGUUUAACUAGAAUUGGGAAUGUACUUUUCCAAGGGUUAGAGACUUUUGAUUAGGUGUGUUGGUGAACAUAAUGUGGCUCAUUUUUGAUUAUAUUGAGAUUUCUUUGUGGAUUGAAAAUUUGCCUAGUCGAGAACACCAUUAAAUAAAAGAGAAGUUCUUAAAA